AUGGAUUCAACACCAAUACCAACACCACCACCUAUGUUUGCUUGUAUCAUACCAUCUAGACCAAUACAAACUCAGUCAACUGCGAUUCCACCCGAUAAGAUUAUCUUUGAAUUCGAGGAAGCUAGUCUGAUUAACCAUCUAGUUGUCUUCUUGACCGGUGCAAUACCUUUUCCUGAAGGAUAUGGAGCUUCAGUUCAUUUCUUGUUCCCAAACCAAUCUGAAUGGAAAUUACUUGGAAUGUUAAGUGAAGAGAAACCAUCAGCGAUAUUUAAAUUAAAAGGAAACCAACGAUCGAAUUUCAAUCAUCAACUUACCUCAACUUCCAAUUCAUCAAUCCCUCAAGAUCAUACCAAAGCUUCAUUAGGAUUCCAAAUCUUACCAUUAGAACAAUUACAAACCGAAUGUCAAAGUCUACCGAACCAACUCAUCAAACUUUCAUCUCUUUCUACCUCUAAUGGUUGGAUUCAUCAAACCGGAUUAAAUUCAGAUUCGAUCGAAUUGAUUAAAUCCUUGGGCUUAUCGAUCUUUAAUUAUUUGGCUUCUUUUUCUACUACCAUUCCUGGUAUCAAUGGUCAAUGGAUUAAUUUUGUUCAUUUAGAGAAAUGGUGGAAAACUUUUCAAAACCAAUCUUCACUUGUUUUAAAAGCUUGA